AGGCCUGUCAGUGGAAGGAAGCGUUGUGUAUUCGGUGAGGUCAUGGUUUUUUAGCUGAACAACAAAAAAGCCGUUAUUAGUUUUCUCUGAAUGCUUUGACCGCGAGUUUCUAAAGGAUUUUGACACAGAGGGGCUUAUUAAGAUAGGAAUAAGGAAUUAAUUCGAAUUCAAUUCACUGCAGGUCCAUAGACUUCUGUACUGUAUGAAUGCCCAGACAUCAGUUUGCGAGGACUUCAUCAUGAAUAAAAACAAAAGGGAAAAGGAAUUCUACAGUAUAGAUGUGGGGGAUUCAACAUUUACUGUUCUGAAGCGCUAUCAGAAUCUAAGACCGAUUGGCUCUGGAGCACAGGGAAUAGUCUGUUCAGCUUAUGAUCACAACCUUGAAAGAAAUGUUGCUAUUAAGAAACUCAGCAGGCCUUUUCAGAAUCAGACACAUGCCAAACGAGCAUACAGAGAACUGGUGCUAAUGAAGUGUGUCAACCAUAAAAAUAUUAUUGGCCUCUUAAAUGUUUUUACACCACAAAAAACAUUAGAGGAAUUCCAAGAUGUUUACCUAGUAAUGGAGCUGAUGGAUGCCAACCUCUGCCAAGUCAUUCAGAUGGAGCUGGACCAUGAGCGGCUGUCCUAUCUCCUGUACCAGAUGCUGUGUGGCAUCAAGCACCUCCACGCGGCAGGGAUCAUCCACAGGGAUCUGAAACCCAGUAACAUUGUAGUCAAGUCGGACUGUACCCUAAAGAUCCUGGACUUUGGAUUGGCCAGGACAGCAGCCACUGGUUUGCUAAUGACGCCAUAUGUGGUGACCCGCUACUACAGAGCCCCUGAAGUUAUCCUGGGAAUGGGAUAUCAGGCCAAUGUUGAUGUCUGGUCUGUUGGCUGUAUCAUGGCUGAAAUGGUCAGAGGUAGUGUGUUGUUUCCAGGUACUGAUCAUAUUGAUCAGUGGAACAAAGUCAUUGAACAGUUGGGAACCCCAUCCCAAGAGUUCCUUAUGAAACUCAACCAAUCUGUGAGGACAUAUGUGGAGAACCGGCCCCGCUAUGCUGGAUACAGCUUUGAGAAGCUCUUCCCUGAUGUUCUCUUCCCUGCAGAUUCAGAGCACAACAAGCUGAAAGCAAGCCAGGCUCGAGACUUGCUUUCCAAAAUGUUGGUAAUAGAUGCUUCCAAACGAAUCUCUGUGGAUGAAGCUCUACAACACCCGUACAUUAAUGUGUGGUAUGAUCCAGCUGAAGUAGAAGCACCCCCUCCAGUGAUUACUGACAAGCAGCUGGAUGAGAGGGAGCAUACAGUGGAAGAGUGGAAAGAAUUAAUUUAUAAGGAAGUACUGGACUGGGAAGAGAGAAUGAAGAAUGGUGUGAUACGAGGUCAGCCCCCUCCUCUAGGUGCAGCAAUGAUCAAUGGCUCCCCUCAGGCCUCCUCCUCUUCCUCCACCAACGACGUGUCCUCCAUGUCCACAGAGCCCACCAUGACCUCGGACACAGACAGCAGCCUGGAGGCCACAGCCGGACCCCUGGGCUGCUGCAGAUGACUAUCACCCUCCCCUGGAGCCUC